AUUUAUAGAGGCCACGCCCCGAGGUUUUCUUACAUAAAUUAAUAACUAUACUAAUUUCGCCUGUCAUUGAGGAUGGCUGCUAGCAAGAGAACCGUGGCUUUCGUUUUGAUGCUGGCUUUCGUCGGUGUCUCUCUCGGUGCAGUUCACAAAGUGGGUGAUUCCACUGGAUGGACGAGUCUAGGAAAUAUUAACUACCUCAAGUGGGCUUCCUCCAAGGCUUUUCAUGUCGGCGACUCUCUUCUUUUCGAGUACAACCCACAGUUCCACAACGUGAUGCAAGUGACCCACAACGAUUACCAGUCAUGCAACGGAACAUCAGCCAUCGCCUCCUACACCUCCGGAUCUGACUCCGUGACCCUCAAAAGAACCGGGCACUUUUAUUUCCUUUGCGGCGUCCCGGGACACUGCCAAGCCGGCCAGAAAGUCGAUGUGUUGGUUAAACCAUCAUCCAAAGGCCCAGCCGCAAGUCCUAGCCCGUCUACUUUGGGUUCGUCUCCUGCAAACUCACCUUCGGAAAUGGUUAGUGUACCUGGCCCAGCACAGAGCAGUGCCCUGUCUGUAGUCUCCUCCAAGGUUUCGGACUUCAUCGCAGCUUGUAUCAUUGCUUUUGCCUUCUACUUCUAGGCUUGCGGUGCUUAUGAAUUGGAUUAUUGUUUAGAGCUUGGACUAUAUUGGGGCAGCGUUAUCAUGUUUAGGUCAUACGGUAUGAAUGUAUUAGGCUUUGUUUGAUUGCCAAUGAUAUUUAUGUUUAAUUUUAAAAUUA